GCCGUAUGUGUAACACAAGCAUGCAGGUAACGAGCGUGGGUCUGGAAGGGGGCUGAGCCUGUUCAAGCUCUCCACACGACAGCGUCGAAGGGGAGGAGGAGGAGGAGACGUAGGGAGUCUAAAAAGUGGAGCUGGAGCUCGAGCGCUUUUAAAAAGCCGCUCUCCUCGCCCCCAAAACAACCUUCCAACAGAAGCGAACUGGACUCAAGUUUUCACUCACUGAAAGGACAUUAAACGAGGGGCCAUUGUCUUCAUUUGAAAGCCCAAGACGACUCGCCACACAGUGAGGUGAUUCACUUCAUUCGUUUAAAAGCAGCUCUUCGCGUUCCGGACGGAGUCAGCAGGACUUCACUUCAGAGCUUCUCACCGACUUUUAAGGACUUUUCUCUUCAGAUAAUCUGGACUUCGCCUCCCCAUCAUCCGAACUGAAACGCUCUUUUCCGAGUUGUUUUUCAUCGCGUCUCUCAACGUGUGUGGACUGAGAUUUUAUUAAAAGCGAAGCGAGGUGGACGGAGCUCUCACAUGCCAAAGUACAUAUAUGAGAAGGCAAUGGCACCCGAAACAAGAAACGGUGGAACAGCGACGUUAAACAGCAGCAGCAGCAUCAACACGAGCAGGAGGAAACUUCUGAUAGCUCUAGACAUCCUCUGUCUUAUCUUAGCUGGCCUGCCUUUCCUGUUAAUUGAAACUAGCAUGAUCGAGCCAUACCGUCGCGGGUUUUACUGCAGUGACCAGUCCAUCCAGUACCCAUAUAAAAAUGGAGACACCAUAAGCGAUGCCGUGCUCUGUCUUGCUGGCAUUCUUAUUGCCAUCUUCUCUAUUGUGAUUGGUGAGUGCUAUAGGAUCCAUUACCUGAAGCAGGGCACCCAGUCCUUUGUGGGGAACCCCUACGUCUCUGCCCUCUACAGACAGGUGGGCGUGUUCAUCUUCGGCUGUGCAGUCAGUCAGUCCUUCACAGACAUUGCUAAGGUGUCGGUGGGCCGCAUGAGGCCACACUUUCUGGACGUGUGCAAGCCAGACUACACCAGGAUCAACUGCUCUCUGGGCUACAUCACUGAAUACACCUGCCUGGGUGACCAGAGCAAAGUGCAGGAGGCCAGGAAAUCCUUCUUUUCUGGACAUGCCUCAUUUUCAAUGUUCACCAUGCUGUACCUAGCGUUCUACUUACAGUCUCGGUUCACGUGGCGUGGAGCUCGUCUCCUGAGGCCUCUUCUCCAGUUCACUCUGCUGAUGAUGGCCUUCUACACUGGCCUGUCCCGUGUAUCUGACCACAAGCACCAUCCCACUGAUGUGCUGGCUGGCUUUAUACAAGGAGCACUUGUGGCCUACUGCAUAGUCUUCUACGUGUCUGACCUGUUCAAGCCCAAAAUGAAGUCUGCCACUCCUCCGCCCUCACCAAUCAAGAAAGAACUGCUCCCUUCGGCCGACAUCAUAGACAGGAACAAUCACCACAACAUGGUGUGAGAGGAGGAUGACGGGAAGAGCCACCUUUAACCCCCUCCCCCCACCCGUCUCCUCUGAAGAAACCCGAAGAGCCACCUGUGACUGAAGAGCAGCAGCACUUUAGCUGUUACUCUCUCUCUCUCUCAUCUGACAGUAGAAUGUAGAGGCAAGAGACAGAGACCUUUUACUAUUGAGACUCUUUUAUGUUGAUUAUUAUUAUUUUUUUUUUUACCUAUUACCACCUUCGCUAUUCUUCAUUUUGAGCCCAAUUCACAUACAACAAACAAAUGCUAAACAAAACAUAUAGAAAGGAACUUACUACUGGGAUUCCUUCCCCAAAACAGUGUUGACUAAAUUGGGCCUGCAACUUCGUUUACAGGACCCUGAAUGGAGUUAUAAGGGCUGAACGGACGAAUAAGGCGAAAAGAGGGUAAAACAUACUGAAUGAAUGGAUGGAUGGAUGGUUGGAUGCACACUUGAAUGAAAGAAAACAAAAGGAAGAUGAGUGUGACCAAUAUCACUCUCUCUUUCUCUCAUUGUCUGUCUGUCUCUCUCUCUCUCUCUUUGUCUCUCUCUCUCUCUCUCUCUCUCUUUCUCUCUCGUCUCUGAGGCCUUUCGCCAGUAUAGGACAACAAAUUCCUUAGUUAUAGGAAUGAUACUUUACCUGCAAUGUUACUAUCACAGAUAUAUUAACAGUAUGAAGAACAGUAACUUAUAGCACUAUAUCCAAGACCAUUGUAAAUCAUUACCACUCGCUAUCUGAGGGGUGUAGCUAUGAAAAAGCUCACUGCGGUUUUUAGUGUGUGAUGGACUGAUAUAAACUUACUACACUGUAGUGUAUGGUGGUCGCAAAGAAUCCAGAGGGCUUCACACUCCUGAGCACUAAACCCUUUGAUGCUGUUCUUAGCUACCCACGCAGUGGCCUAGCUCCAAGGGAUGUUGCAUUUCACUGGGGUUUUUUUUUCUUUUGGGAGGGGGGUGGGGGUUGGGCUGGGGAGGGGUCAUAAAAAAAGAGAGUGGAAGUUUCUAAAUUGUGAUUUUGAGAUAGAAGCUGACCAUCAGCAGCAGUGUUUGGAGCAUGGCUGAGCCAUGCUUCCGCAUUGUGUCCUGGAGGGGUGGGGACGAUGGUGAAGGGGGCGCAAGGGGCACUUUUAUUUUUUGUCACCAGGGUCGUUCGGGAUCGAGUCCCAUCGACUGCACUGGCUUUGGCACAUUUCUUUGGGAUGGGUAGAAAGAGCCUAGUCCGCUGGCUGGUACAGACUCUUCUCCUUCCCAACCACAUAAUCACUCAACAGCAGCUGUGCCAUUCAUGCCUUUGGCCAGUGGUGGCUCUAUUUGAUGUGUCCCCCAGCAUUUGACCCAACAAAGUGUGGGGUCCGACCACACUCACUCAAUGCCACGUGUUGUGUAUGAAUGGAUGCAUGUAUGCAUGUAUGUAUGUUUGUUUGUUUGUGAGUGUUUGUGUUUCUGUACCUGGUCCUUGACUCUGUGCAGAACAAUAUUACCAUGUGAAGAAAAAAAAAUUAAAGAAAACUGUGGAUUUUUUUUCUUUCUCUCUCUCUAAAUGCCUCUCUUUGGCCUUUUUUUCUCUAAAUGAUGUCUACUGUCCUCAUUAACCGCUGUACAGUUCUACUUUAUUUUACAGUACACCAUAGCAUACAGAGCAUCUUCACAUCUACACAACCAAAUGCCACACAGCCUUCAACAUGUUGCACAUCCCCGCACAUUGUAUAGUCCGUCCUAUCAUUUCAGCAAGCUGUUUUUUUUUCUUUUAAAUAUAUAAAUAAUGUAUAGAUCACUAAAAUUAACUAUGUAAAAUAUUAUUUCUGAACAUUUUUAGAUAUAUCCACUAUGAAUAAAAAAAUGUGUCAUGACCUGUGUUAUUUACAAAUUGCUGCUUCAACAAGCAUUGAUUGACAGAUUUUUUGUAUUUAGGUAAUUAAAAUAUUGUAGAUUUGUGAUGGUAAGUUUUUAAUAAGCGUUGAAAAAAAAACACCUACAAAUGUAUCAAAAAUUUACUAUUAGUAUUUUUGUAUUGUCUCAUUUUGUACAAAAGAAAUAAUAGCAAAUGUUAUUUUCUGCUAAAUGUACCUAGCUCUAAUACAUGUGCUUUUAAAUAAAAAGCUCAUUAUGAACAGAAA